AUGGUUAUCAGAAAACUCAAAUCUGUAAAAAAAGAAGUUGAUGAUAGUGAUAAUCCCACCGUAAUUAAUAAGACUGUUAUUUCUUCCGUUGUCAGAAGGGUUGUGUGGUACCCUGUAGUGCCAUUAGUGGCUCAAUUUUUUAGCUCUAUUCUUCAAAUAUAUGGUUAUGUUAAUCAUGCUUCUUCUUCUUUACCUCUAUUAGUACUUUGCUUCAUUGGCAUAUCACUUCAAGGAUUAAUGAAUGCUUUAGUAUUUUCUCAAGAUGUUGCUGUUACUCGUGCUUUCCAGGCAGUUAAACUACAUUGGUGGAUCUCCUAUGUUAACUGUUAUGAGUUUCACUACCCUUACCGAUCUUAUAACAAAGCCAUUACCGAUGAAUCCAGCAUGCAAGAAAAAAAUAAUGAAUGGUUAAGAUAUAUGCUAUUGAUUAAGAUUUUCUCUGCUCCAAAAACUUCAUCUCAAUUAGUUUCAUCUAACUUUUUACCACCGAUAAAUUCUUUUGUUAGAAAUAAGUCUAAUACUUAUUCUGCUCUGUUUGGAAAUGACAAUUCAAAGCAGGAUAUAGCUCACGACAAUCAAAACAAUCAAGAUAUUCAUUUAGUUCUUCCUGAAUCUGUUCAUGUUAAAAAUUCUUCUCAAGAUUCCCCAUUAGAUUUAUUAUCUCAUUAUUUAAACUUAGAUAGUUACAAUCAGACUAACCAAACUAAAAUAAGUAAUAUAAGUAAUAUUUGUGCUUCACCUAAUUCUACCACAAACAUAUCCAACUAUACGGUUGGUGCUGAUGAAGGACGGAUUGAUGUUAUGCUUGUUAACGAUGAACCAACAGAUGUUGAUUUAUCUAAGGAAAUUGAAAUGUCUAAGCUAAUGUUAAAGAGGCUGUAA